GUAAUUUAUCCUUUUUGUUUACCCACAUACUAAGUACUAGGGUCAUGGAGACGACAACAUAUAUUCUAAACACACCAUCAGAUUCCCCAGAAUCAGAGGACGACUCGUUUUUUUCUGAACGGAAGUGUAUAUGGCAUCAUAUUGAUGGUAGUGAUGUGCUGUGGAUGUACCGUGCUAUGCUAGCAACAUGCGGACCAAAAGUGAUAUUCUAAACACCACCGAACCAGCAACCCAACAACCAGAAGAAAGUAACUGGCUGUGGAACGGGGGCUGGAUCGGCAUCAUCUUCUGUAUCAUUGUCAUGGUCAUUGCCAGUCGAUCUGUUUGUGACAUAUUGGAGCGUACGAGGCAAAGACUGAGGAAUCGUUCAUGUUGCCGGAACUUUGUCUCUUGUGACUGUAGUGUCUGCAAGGCAAGGUCUAGGCGCUGUUUGGAAACAAUUACAAGUGUAUUCAGUCGACGCACGGAAAUUAAUCGUGACUCAAGAAAUUCAAGCGCCGAGACGCCACCUACUAUUCCUGUAUCGCGGCUGUCCAUCAUAAUUGUCGAUCAACGUAUAGAUCCAACAACCAUGACACUUCCGCCAUCUUAUGACAGUAUUGUCACAGAUCCCUCACAUCCACCCCCUAGUUAUGAGGAAGCCUUGAGAUUCACCCCUUAGUUAUAAGGAACCCUCGAGAUCCACCCCCUAGCUACGACGAAGCCUUGAAAGCCGGUCCCUAGUUAUGACGAAACCGCCAUAGCCACCCCCUAGUUAUGACGAAGCAUUGAAAGCCGGUCCCUAGUUAUGAGGAAACCUUAAGAUCUACCCUCUAGUUACGAUGAAGCCUUGACAUCCACUCACUAGUUGUUAGCAAUUCUUGAGAUCCACCUACUUGUUAUGAGGAAGCCUUGAGAUCCACCCCAAGUUACGACGAAGCCUAGAAAGCCGGUCCCUAGUUAUGAGGAAACCGUCAUAGCCACCCCCUAGUUAUGACGAAGCCUUGAUAUCCACUCCCUAGUUGUGAGGCAGCCUUGAGAUCCACCCCCUUGUUAUGAGGAAGCCUUGAGAUCCACCCCCCAGUUAUGAGGAAACCGCCGCAGCCACCUUUUAGUUACCUGGUAUGAGGAAGCCGUGAGGUGAUGCUCAUAUGUAUUAGUUCUGGUUAUGUCUGCUGAAUUGUGUAUCAGGUCAAUUCGCCAAACAAACAACACUUCCUUUAGUUUUCUGUUUUGGAAAUGCAAUGUUUUUGUUUAUAUGUGCCAUACAAAAAGUUUAAUUAAAUCUCUACAUAUAUGACGCAGUGCGUCUGAGACUGCCACUGUUUAUAUUAAGCAGUGCGUCUGAGACUGCCACUGUUUAUAUGAUGCAAUGCGUCUGAGACUGCCACAGACUGUUUAUACGAUGCAGUGCGUCUGAGACUGUCUGAGACUGCCACUAUUUAUUUGAAGCAGUGCGUCUGAGACUUCCACUGUUUAUAUGAUGCAGUGCGUCUGAGACUGCCACUGUUUAUAUGAUGCAGUGCGUCUGAGACUGCCACAGACUGUUUAUACGAUGCAGUGCGUCUGAGACUGUCUGAGACUGCCACUAUUCAUUUGAAGCAGUGCGUCUGAGACUGCCACUGUUUAUAUGAUGCAGUGCGUCUGAGACUGUCUGAGACUGCCACUAUUUAUUUGAAGCAGUGCGUCUGAGACUGCCACUGUUUUUAUGAUGCAGUGCGACUGAGACUGCCAGUGUCUAUAUGAAGCAGUGCUUC